GCCGCGCCAGCCGGAAGCGCGUGUUUGGGCGGCAGCACCGAGGCGGGCCGGGCCGCGCCAGGCCGCUUCCCGGCGGUUCCGGCGGGGCGGCAUGGAGGAGUGCUGGUACCGCUCGGCCUCGGGGGCGCGCAUCGCGCUGCGGCGCCGCCAGCACAGCGCCUCCUGCCGGGAGCUCGCCGUGCGCUGCCCCCGCCUGCGGCUCCGCUCCCUCAGCGCCGCCACCUCCGCCGCCUGGCUGGCGGCCUACGGCCUCUUCGUGCUCACCGAGAAUAGUAUGGUGCUUUCUGCUGCUAUCAUCAUUACGCUGGUUGGCCUGAUCAUAUACUUGCACUUUGUGAAAAUUGACCAGGAAUCGCUAUUGGUCAUCGGCUCACUCGGCAUUCAGGUGACUUCAUCCUAUGCUUCAGGGAAAGAGAGCACAGCCUUCAUUGAGAUGAGUCAAGUGAAGGAUGUGGUUAUCAAUGAAGCCAUCCAUAUGCAAAAAGUUAUCUACUACCUGUGCAUCCUCCUCCAGGACCCUGGAGAUCCUCAGGGAGUAUCUGAGGUUGUGCCACUCUUUCAGAGCUCCAAGCCACGUCUGGACUGCUUGAUAGAAGUGUACAAAAGUUGUCAAGAAAUCCUGGAGCAGAGGAAGACGGCUCCACAAUCAAGUGGUAUAAAAUAGUAAAAAAAAAAUCAAGGCAGCAAACUUGCAGCAGGACUUGGAGAGACCCAUGGAAAAGCAAGCAAAACUGCCCCAUGUCUUCCUUUAAUUAGAUGAGUAGAAAGUGGUGCAGCAAUACAGUGAUGUUAGGGCUGACGGCCCACACAGACUCACAGAGUUGUUACAGAAAAUGUCAGUUCAAGCACACAAACAAACCUUGAAAUCCUCUGCUAUGAAGACAGGUGGGCAGAACUUUUUAGAGUCAGACAGAAAAGGAUUUUCUUGCCUCUCCAGAAAAGAAUUAUGGGGAAAUAAAGGGAGGCAAACAAAUGCAUCGGAUGUUUACUCUUUUGUGGAUCUGAAAAUUCACAAUGUAACCUUGGCCGGACUGCCAAAAAUGUGCAAUUUUUUUAUUUCUAUUUAAUCCUUUGUUUGAAAAAAGCAUAUACCACUCUAAAUACCAAAGCUGAUGGGUGGGCUGGAAUGGUAACUUCCUAACCCACAUGAGAAUUUCCGAAAUAAAAUAACAGAAAAUUAAAAUAUACUGUUGCAUUCAAUUAUGUUUAACGAAAUAAAUGUAAGAGAGUAGACCUUGGCCUCGUCAGGGAUCUGCUGGAAAGAGUCCCAUGGGAUGGGAUGCUAGAGGGAAGAGGGGUCCAAGAAAGCUUGUUGAUAUUCAAGGAUCACCUCCUCCAAGCUCAAGAACAGUUCAUCCCAAUGUGCAGGAAGUCAAGCAAAAAUGCCAGGAAGCCUGCAUGGAUGAAUAAGUUGCUCCUGGCAAAACUCAAACACAGGUGGUGGAAGCAGGGACAGGUAACCUGGGAAGAAUGUAGUGACAUUGUCCGAGAUGCAGUUAGGAAAGCCAAAGCCCACCUGGAGUUUAAUCAGUUGAGGGAUGUCAAAGGUAACAAGAAGGGCUUCUGUAAGUACCGAAGUUGCCAAAGGAAGACAGGGAAGAUGCAGACCCAUUGCUGAAUGGAGCAGGGGCAUGGUGACACAGGACAUGGAAAAGAUAUGGCAUUGAAAGGGCCACAGCAGUUGCUCUGAGAAUAUGAGGAAAAUGUGUUGUUGACGUCCCUUCCAACUCUGAAAAAUUCCAUGAUUCUGUGAAAAUGAUGGUAAUGACUAUAUGAAUAAAGGUUGUGAAAUUCUUUGUU